ACACACACACAAAAGACGUCAGUGGCGAGCACGAGCAAGGAGAGCUCGGUCACUCAGUGUUGGUUUUGUUCUUAGAACAUCCGGGAAGAUUUCAUACGGAACCAUCGUGCUAUACCCAUGCUGGGAAUUCGGCUUUGUUUCUUUCCGCAAAUGCAAAAGGAAAAAAUAUGCAACGAAGCAUCGCUCUGCUCUGCACCAGCGUUAUCGGACUCUGCUUUGGUUCGAGUUUUCCAAGUAACAUCAACAUAGGAGGAUUAUUCCCGGCCGACUCGCACGAAUAUGAAGUGUUCCGAUUUGCGCUUUCGCACCAUCAGGACAUUCCCAAACUGGUACCUCAAGUAGAUAUGGUGAAGAUGGGCAACAGCUUCUCCAUGACUUAUGCCUUUUGUUCACAGUUUGCAAAAGGAGUAUAUGCCAUCAUUGGUGUGUACGACAGGAAGACGGUGAGCAUGCUGAUGUCAUUUUGUGGUGCACUGCACGUCUGUUUUGUGACACCCAGCUUCCCCAUUGAGACCUCCAACCAAUUUGUGAUUCAACUGCGGCCCGAGUUGCAGGAUGCCUUGGUUGGGGUCAUUGAACACUACAAGUGGACCAAGUUUGUCUACAUGUAUAGCUCCGAUACAGGACUAAUCGUUCUGCAGAAGGUUCUGGACACAGCAGCGGAGCGGAACUGGCUGGUAACCUCAGUGAAUGUGGAGACUAUGACUGAAGCAUCCUUCCUCAAAGUCUUUCAGGACCUCGACAAGAGAAAGGAAGGCCAGAUCAUAAUUGACUGUGAGCCGGACCAUCUCAGCUCUAUCCUAAAGAAGAUUGUAGAACUGGGAAAAAAUGUUAAGAACUAUCACUACAUACUGGCAAACUUGGGCUUUUUGGACAUUGACCUGACUGGAUUUAAGAAAGGUGAGGCUAAUGUGACGGGCUUCCAGCUUGUGAACUAUGUGGAUCCAGGUGUCAGCAGAAUAGUUCAGCAGUGGAUGGACUUUGACAAUAAAGACUCCAAAGUUACAAAGAAAGGACUCAAGUACACUGGAGCUCUCACUUAUGAUGGCGUUAAAGUGAUGUCUACAGCUUUUCAGAAUCUCCGCAGGCAGAGGAUUGACAUAUCACGGCGUGGCAAUGCUGGUGAAUGCCUUGCAAACCCACCAGCCCCCUGGGGUCAAGGCAUUGACAUUCAGAGAGCUUUGCAGCAGGUUCGGAUUGAAGGUGUAACAGGACACAUCCAGUUUAAUGAGAAAGGCAGACGAAUCAACUACACCAUCAGUGUAAUGGAGUUGAAGGCUACAGGGCCAAAGAAAGUAGGAUACUUUAAUGAGGAUGAAAAGUUUGUGAGCACAGCAGCCUACAUGUCUGGAAGUAAUGACACCUAUGGAUUUCAGAACCGCACAUACAUCGUCACAACCAUCUUGGAAUCUCCAUAUGUGAUGCUGAAGAAGAAUCAUGAAAAGCUUGUAGGAAAUGAUAAGUAUGAAGGCUACUGUGUGGAGCUGGCAGCAGAAAUAGCCAAACAUGUUGGAUACGAGUACAAACUCAAGAUUGUUGCAGAUGGGAAGUAUGGAGCCAGGGAUCCAGAGACUAAGAUGUGGAAUGGGAUGGUUGGGGAACUGGUUUAUGGAAAAGCUGAUGUUGCAGUGGCACCACUGACCAUCACAUUGGUAAGAGAGGAAGUCAUUGACUUCUCCAAGCCCUUCAUGAGCCUGGGCAUUUCAAUUAUGAUCAAGAAGCCCACAAAGUCCAAACCAGGAGUUUUCUCUUUUCUUGACCCACUGGCCUAUGAGAUUUGGAUGUGUAUCGUCUUUGCCUACAUUGGUGUGAGUGUGGUGCUCUUUCUGGUCAGUCGCUUCAGCCCAUAUGAAUGGCAUGCUGAGGACUGUGAGGAAAGCAGGGAGACCAAUACCAACCAAGCUGGAUCCUUGUCAGGCCAAAAUGCACAGAAUCAGGCCCAACAAAACCAGGAGCAGACCAAUGAAUUUGGCAUCUUCAAUAGCCUCUGGUUCUCACUAGGAGCUUUCAUGCAGCAAGGCUGUGACAUCUCACCCAGAUCUCUCUCUGGCCGGAUUGUGGGUGGUGUCUGGUGGUUCUUCACCCUCAUCAUCAUUUCGUCCUACACAGCUAACCUGGCAGCCUUCCUCACUGUGGAGAGGAUGGUCUCCCCUAUCGAGAGUGCUGAAGACUUGGCCAAGCAGACUGAGAUUGCUUAUGGUACACUUGAUGCUGGCUCGACCAAAGAGUUCUUUAGGAGGUCAAAGAUCGCUGUGUUUGAAAAGAUGUGGUCCUAUAUGAAGUCAGCCCCAUCUGUGUUUGUGAAAACCACUGAUGAAGGAGUGAUUAAAGUUAGGAAGUCUAAAGGAAAGUAUGCCUAUCUGCUGGAGUCCACCAUGAAUGAAUAUAUUGAACAGCGCAAGCCCUGUGAUACCAUGAAGGUGGGAGGGAAUUUGGACUCUAAGGGUUAUGGUGUUGCUACACCAAAAGGAUCACCACUCAGAAACCGAGUAAACUUGGCAGUGUUAAAACUGAACGAGCAGGGCCUGUUGGACAAAUUGAAAAACAAAUGGUGGUACGACAAGGGCGAGUGCGGCAGCGGAGGAGGUGAUUCCAAGGACAAGACAAGCGCAUUGAGUCUCAGUAAUGUGGCCGGAGUUUUUUACAUUCUAAUAGGGGGCCUGGGCCUGGCAAUGCUGGUGGCACUGGUGGAAUUCUGCUACAAGUCUAGGACUGAGUCUCGCAGGAUGAAGCAAUCCAUCAAUGAUGCCAUGCGCUGCACCACACUGACCCGGAUGAGUGGCAAUGGCAGCGGUGGGGAGAAUGGUCGCAUCAUGGCUCAUGACUUCCCAAAAGCUGUGCAGACAUUACCGUGCAUGAGCCACACAGCCGCUAUGGGCCUUGGAGCCUCAGGCAUGUGACUGAUUCUACACAGACACAGCCCCCCAACUGACCAGGGAUGCUCUGUACUGCCAAAAUGAACUCUCAGACUGCUCUCUGCCUACCUAUGAAACAUUUUUCUUAUAUAAGAAAAAAGAUCCCAAACGUUUUGAUGGUGAGAAAAGAAUACAGAGGAAGAUUUGCUGUGCAAUAUGAUGCUGAGGGGACACUUUUUGGUAAUGUUCAUUUACAAAAAAAAAAAAAAAGUUGUGUCGGUGCCAUGCCAGUGUCACAGAGCUGUUUACUUCUGUCUUUAAACGUGCAAUAUUUUGGUUUAUACCGCUGUUCUAUAAUGUUGUCUCCUACCUUAUUUCCACCAGGAAAAAGGAUCACAUAAAAUGUGUUAUUUUGCACAGAUUUAUUAUAUGGCUUAUAUGUUUUAAUGACUACAGAGAGUCUGUUGUAUGGACUAAAGUUUAAAAAAAAAAUGCACAUAGAACCUAGAACUAGUGGACAAUGUCCUGCCAUGAUUAACUUUGCUUAGCCUAAUUUUAACAAACAUAUCAGAUUAUCUGUUAAUAGUGUAAAUAGUCUGAUGUAAAUCUUAACCUGGGCAAUGGGAGAACAUUUGUUGUUGAUCAGUAGAGCAUAGCAUACUGAACAUGUUGAUUAUCUUGCUGUGUAUUUUUUUUUUCACCUCAACAACCUUGCAUUGCUGCUACGCCUCAUUUAAGGUGCCAUACCUCAUUUGUGCCAGGAUUGACUUGGAAGUGUGUUCAGUGUUUGAAUCUGCAGUUUCAUCAAGAGCAUUUGCAGAAGGGCAUUGGCAAAAAUGUUACAAGCUACUGUGGAUAAAAAGCUUUUUUUUUUUUUUUUAAUUAUUUUACCCAUCUCAUUUAAUGUAAUUUUUCUGCCCUUCAAAUAUAGUAUGAUCAUUCAUUUAUACUGUGCACAGAGCCAAAGCUAAGCCUUUUUGAAGUGUUGCUACAGUAUAGAUGUCCUUUUGAUACAAUAUUCUUUUUACAUCAGUCUAUUGCAAAUGAACAUUCCUCAACUGCCUUGUACUUCUGAAAAAAAAAAUUGAUGUAGGAGUGACCUGAAAGAGAGUUUCAUUUUAGAGUCCAAAGUCUAUCAUUUUCUAAGUUCUGAGACUUUGUAUGGAGCAAAUGCUGAUGGAUGUGGGCCUGCCUUUAAAUUCUCUCUCUGCACUCAUGCUUUAAGAAUGGCUCAUUGAUGACUCCUGUUUUUAACCAAUUUUUAACUUGUAGAGAAAAAGCUCGCCACUGACAGUGGAAAUUAGCUCAAGAUCUGUGUUUAACUCAUUUUUGGGAAACCAGCUCUCAGAGUGAGCUCGAUUCUGAUGCAUUGAAUUUGAAAUAAAGGAGCUUCCCAGGAGUACUAUGCUUUUUCACGCCACACAUUGUGCUUUGUCCUCUGUGUAAACAAAGAGUGCUUUGUACUCCACUCGUUCUCUGUUUCUAGCUUCUUUUAUGUCUUUUAUGAAGGCACAGGAGUUUGGGCUGCUUUGUGGCCUCAUGUUCUGAACAUAUUUUAUACACAGUAAUAGAUUUGUAAUGGCUGACAAAGACAAUGAAUAAUAGUAUAGUAAGGAUUUUUGAGUGCUGUAAGAUUUGCUGUUUUUCAUAUGAACUGGUAUGUUAAGGCAAUGCAAAGAGAUGUGGUUAUUACAGAGAUAAGAAUUAUUGAGAAGUUAGUUGAGAUACUUUGUUUCUGGUUAACAGUUUUACUCUUUUUUGUGGUUGUGAUGCAGAAACGAUCUUCUGUGCUUACCCUUCAUGAUGAUGUGAUUUGUUUAUUUAUGUUUGUUUGUUUGUUUGGCUUAUGUUGAUCAUAAUGAAGAGGUAUGGUUGCAUACAAAUGGUAUGGAUGGAAACCAUAUUAAAUCAAUAAUGAGUAAAACAUUUAAAAUAAAAAGAAAACUCUUUUGUAACCAAA